CGCAUCGAAAUCCGAUAUCUCUGAGUCAAGAUGAGUAAAAAAGUGUUCUGAAGGAGCAUUGAACAGCUAUAUAAUAAUCUCUGGGAGUCCAUCCGGGACACGUUGAGGGAUGUGGAAGCCCAGGAAAUGAGUGUUUAUCACGGAUUGCAGAUCAGGGUGCAAUUGCAGAAGUGGGUCAAUGAUAGUACUGUCGAGAUCCACAAUCUCUUUCCGGCCUAUCUCCCACUCAUUAAGAGACUGUCCAAUAUGGCGCACUGUGACCGACCGUCGUUUCUCCCCACUCGUCACUUCUAGUCAUGUCGUCCAGGCUCCAGGUAGCAGCUGUCGUCACGUUCUACAUGUUCUCGGCCCUCACAAUGGUCUUCGUCAAUAAGGCCGUCUUGGUCAAUGCUCCCGAAACUCCACUGACGUUCUUGCUGCUCCAACUCGCUAUCGCUGUCGUUCUUCUCCAUGCGACCGCAGCUUUCUCCAAGACGAUAGAAAUCCCUAAAUUUGAGAUCCCUACCGCCAAGAAACUAUUUCCAGUAGUCUUUGUGAACAUCGUCGGGCUUGUCUUCAAUACACUCUGUCUACGGGGCGUGGAGGCAUCCUUCUUCCAGAUCGCCAGGGGCUUGGUUCUUCCUCUUACGAUCACCGUGUCUGGCAUUCAUACCAAGGCUGUCCCAAGCACGAGAGUGAUAGUCGCGGCGCUCAUUGUCACCUGCGGCUUCCUUUUGGGUGUGUCCCCGUCGUCAAAGAUCCCCAUCGCCUCGACGCCAUCGUUUCUGUCACUUAGCUAUGGUGUUCUGUCGUCUUUUUUCAUCGCCGUCCAUGCGGUUCUGAUAAAAAGCUCGCUCCCGCACUGCGGGAACUCUACAAUCCAACUUGCCUGGUGGACGAACGUGGGGUCCGCCGUCCUUCUUUUGCCUGUCAUACUGCUCGUUGGAGAGCCAGCUGCCCUUCGCUCCAUGAUCGAUAAUCCGCAAUGGGAUGCAAGGCUGUUUCUUUGGGGCUCUGCUAUCACUGGUAUCUUUGGAUUCCUGUUAUGCAUUGCAGGUCUGCUAAGCAUCCGGGUUACGAGUCCUAUCACCCAUAUGUUCAGCAGCGCCGCUCGCUCAGUUAUACAGACUCUCAUUGGGGUCGUGUACUUUGGAGACUUGCUCACGACUAAUCGCGGUGCUUCGAUCGCUGUCAUCCUGGGGGGCACCAUAUACUUCACGUGGGUCAAAGCGAUCGAGACUGCACACCGUCCCUCUGAUAUCGAAUCAAAUUCGGAGGAAGGAGAACUUUUUCCAGAGAUAAAAGAGCCCCAUGUAGGAAAUAAGACCGCACAGAAACAGAACGUCGAAUAAUUGCGUAGAGCUGUAUUUGUAAGCAAGUUGUGAUUAGAUGGUGGCUGUGCCGUAGUUUCCAGCAUCUCAGAUCCACUGGUUGGCUCCGCCCUUUGUGACGGGUUUAGGGAGCCAAAAUCAGGAUACUCCGAUGCCAGUCUCUGAUAGUAAGCUCUGUUCAUUUGCCGAAGCAGGUGGGAUUGCUAUAUAAACAAAGACGGACAUGGGCGGUCAAUCAGCCCCCUGUUUUCCAGGUCUCCAGCGCCCGAGAGCCCACUAUCGACGACAUGGAAGCCCCCAUUCUCCAGCGCCUUGACUCUACGGCCUCUGAUGCGACGUUGGUCUCGUCGCCCAUCCGCCACGAGGCUGUCGAACGUCCUCUCGGAGAGACUGAGGUCUCGUACUUCCUCCCCUCGCGGGCAUCGGGGGUGAACGACAUGUACCUACACCUCGGUCUGCGCGCAAACCCGGAGAUUUUCGACCGCAGCCGCGUGUCUGCUGCGUGGGCUAUGCUCAGGCUUAAGCACCCCCUUGUCGCCUCCACGGUCAAGAUGAAUGAUUAUCAUGACAUCAAAUUCGUGUACAAUCCUCCUGCCAGCGUGACCGACGCAAUCGAAUCUGCCAACGAAUGCCUGGAAUACAGGACCCAGGGCAAGGACGACCUCAUCGACUCGUACCUGAAUGGGCCGCGAACUCUGUCGAGCGAAAGAUUAUCUUAUCUGAUUAUAUCUGAGCCAGAGCAGGACGAGUCAGAGGAUGGCACCCGCAACUUCGACCUGCUCGUCUGUGCGGCGCACUACAUCGGGGACGGGAUGGCUCUCCACCAGUUCUCGAACGAGCUCUUCACUCUCCUCGGCGAAGGGCGCAGCGCAGAGGAUCUCCAGUUCCUGCUCACAGAGGAGUGGCACACCAAGUGGGGAGCGAGUGCCAAGGCAGCUGACACAUCGUCGACCCUCCCGAUUUCUCUGGAGGACAGGCUGCCUCCUCGACCGGAGGGCAAGUUCUUCCGUGCCGCAUCCCAAGUCGAUUUCCAGACCAGCGAGUCCCGGCUGAUGGGUGGACAUGCCUUCCCUCGGCGCUCUGGUGGCGAGCGGAAGACGGUCGUGCCGACUGUCUCCUUCGACGCUGACAAGACCAAGGCCAUGUUGAAAAAGUGCAAGGCACAGGGUGUCUCGAUCAGCGCAGCACUCUUCAGUCUCAUGAACGUCGCCUGGGCCAAGACCCGCGGAGACAAAUGGGAGCUGCCCAUGAUGAUGUACUCGGCUCUCAACUUGCGUCCGGUUCUCACCGCGAGCAAGGUGCAAAACGAGACAUACUGGUAUCUCGCUAUCGGAUACUUCAACGUCGUGCUCCCGACAUUCAUGCCCAUUGAGAAUGCCGAGGUCACCGAGAAGCUCUUCUGGCACCGAGCCCGUGCGGCCAAGACGCAGAGCACCAAAGCAGCCAAGAACCCGCUGCUUGCGUCGCGGAGCUACGAGAUGGCCAACGAGCGCGGGAAACGGGCUCGUCGCUUUGCCAAGGAGGACGACGAGAAGGAAGCCGGCACCUGGCAGGCCCCGCCCCCGAAGCCGGCAUCGGCGGAACCUGCGGCGCCCAAACAGGCGCCGUCGACCGCUCUGAUCGGCUUGUCUCUUCUGGGCAACCUGGACGGCGUCUACAAGCAUGCUACUUACCCCAGCAUCAAGCUGCACACGCUGACCACUGGAUCCCGGCAGCGCGCCGGAGGGAUGCUCUUGUUUGGAUACACGUUUGCUGGCAAGAUGUGGAUCAGUCUGGGAUACGACAAGGCGGGCUUCGAUGAGACUGUCGAUACGUUCUGGGGACACGUUCUGUCCUCUGUAGACACACUGUUUGCUUAAAUGGACGCUAGACGCGACAGUGUAUUUAUGUACUACAAAUCUGGCAGUUCUCGCUGUAUUAAUCGAGCCCAUGUAGAAUCCUUCCACCAGUCGCGCAUGCCAUCAAGCCGGUCCCACAACGUCUCCUCGUCAACGCCGUAGAUCUCAUACUUACCGCCAUCUAGCGGACGUCCUUCACGGCUCGCCACAUCCAAUGCUGCUUUGUUCUCUCCUCUGAACGGGAUGAAGCAGCCAGAUCUAUCCUGGGGACGACGACUCACCUAAGUAGCUCCAGCAGCUCUUGUCGAUCCGGAAAGAACAAUCGAGGCUCAAGGACAGCCAAGAUUCCCAACGACGCGCGAUAGAGAAACGAGUCCCCUUCGAGGAGAAUGACAUCCCAGAGUCGAGCGCAAGCUUCAAAGGGCAAGUGAUCGAGAAAGAGCGGGACGAUCCAGCCAGGCAGAUAAGCUCCUGGAGAGAUCUGAUGUUGUUUGAAAUUGAAGUAGACUGCAUGAACGAUGAGAUAUGACGUGACAGUCGACUAAAAGGACCCACUUUUCGGCAUCCCAUCCGCGAGCAAUGUAUCGAAGAUCC